AGCAUUAUUUCUAAUGGUCGAUUACUUAAUAAUAAUUAGCAUCAAGCAAUGUAAUCGUGAGAGUUUCGAUGUGAUGUUAUGAUCAGUGCAUUAAAUUUUGGAAACCUGUGAAUAUAAUACCUACAUUUGAUUUCAAGGUUAUCCCUCUUGCAUAUCGUAAAAUGGAUCGAGUGGUCACGAAAGCGAUGUAUUCAACAGUCGAAGACGAAGUGGAAAUAAUGUCCGAGAUCGAAGAACACAUUAAUCACAUUGUAGAAAAGAUGAAAGAUGAUGAAAUAUCUCUCGACGAUUGUGACAUCAUCGAAAGCGAUCGAUUAAUGAUACUGAUAAAACAGCUGAAACUUCAAGGAGAUACAACAAUUGGCACAUGCAGCAGGCCUGGAAAGGUUUUCAAACACGACUGGAUUCGUGAAAUCAUCACUAACUUCUGCCCCAAAACAGCAAAACAACUGCAGAAAGAAUCGGAUGAAUCUACUACGUCCAUAAUGAGAGCUGCCAGACAUGGUAAUUUCCUACAUUUGCAGACAUUAUUAAAAAAUGAGAGGAAAAAACAACUGAAUGCAGCUGCGGGGAAAACUAUACUGCUUGCUUUACUCGAUGGUAUAAUUGCCUAUAAAUAUAAAAAAUAUCCAGGCAGAGUACUUUUGGAAAAUUUAAUAGCAGACAAAGGAGUACGUGAAUCCAUAAGAGACUCAUUUUUUCCACCAACAGAAACAUCCGAGUUUCCAGGACAAACACCAGAUCAUUAUCAAUGCCUAGAACAUAUUCUGAAAAAGGUUCCAAUCAACCAACUGGAUAUAAAUUUCGAAGACGUUCAUGGAAAUACAGCUUUGCAUUACGCAGUCGCUUGGCAAGAGGCAAAAGCUAUAGGGCUACUUUUGCAAAAUGGCGCUUACAUGUGCACAGAAAAUAAAAACGGUAUGAUUCCUUUGAAAUCAAUCAACCCAGAAAUACUGCAACAAUACUUAGAUAGCUGCAUCUCAUCCAAUAAUUACCCUCCAGAACACACAGAUUAUCAGAUUACCAUAGAUUUCAAACUGUUUAUGCCACAACAACAACAGCUUGGGGGAGAAAAACAGGAAAACAUUUGCGAAUCCAAACCUGUGCUGAUAUUGCACGAAGAUUCCAGAUUUAAUAAACUACUCUGUCAUCCGGUUAUAACGAGUUAUCUGUGCUUGAAAUGGCACAAAGUUAAAAUAUUCUUCUACUUGAACUUGAUGUGGUACUUCAUAUACUGGUUUUUACUUAAUUCCUAUGUGUUUUGCAUUUCUCAUCAGGCAUCUAAUUGUACUCGUAACAACACAGAUGACUUCCAUGAAACCAUUAAUUCCGCGUUUGGCAAUGUUUGUAAAUUACCGGUUUCUCACUGCUGGAAAAUCUUGAUCAUUAUUUCAUGCUCAACACUUAUCUACAGGGAAUUGAAUCAGAUCUGGAAUCUACCAACGAGUUAUUUCAAAUUUAAGGAAAACUGGAUGGAAAUGUGUUUGUUCGCAUCAACUUUCUAUUUCUUGCGUGUUGAGCAGAACAGUCAAAUAAGUACUGUAUUGGCUGCUGCGAUCGUAUUGGUUUCGUGGUUAGAACUGGUGUUAUUGAUAGGUCGACAUCCUCUUCUUUCCACUCAUAUUGAAAUGUUUAAAAACGUAUCGGAGAAUUUCUUCAAACAUCUAUUUCUGUAUUCUAUCAUGGUUAUUGCAUUCGCUUUCAGCUUCUAUAUCCUAUUCAAAGAUGCAAAAGCUGAUGGUAAAUCGCCCAGCAUAUUCCAAUUUCCCACCGCGUCCAUCUUCAAGACAUUCCUCAUGAGCAUAAGUGGAUUCGAAACUUCGACAAUCACAUUGAGUAAAGCUACUAUUUGGUCUCAAGUAUUCUUGUUGAUAUUCACCUUUAUCGUAUCUAUCGUCCUUCUCAAUUUGUUGAACGGGUUGGCUUUUGGUGAUACUCUGAAAACCCAAGACGCAUCUGAACUUAUAGGAAUAACAUCUCGAAUUAAUUUCAUAGCCCAAGUUGAAAGUAUGACAGCUCUACCCUUUUUCAAGUUCAUUGAUAAACUUUGUCAAUGGUUUUGUUGCUGUUCCUUUGGUAAAAAAAGUCGGAAAGGUUCUGAACGAGUCAGUAUUGAGGAGCCUUCCUCCACCACGUCGACUUUUGUUAAGCAAAACUCGGCUUUGUUCUUCACUAAAACUAUUUAUAGCUGUAUUUGCCUGAGUUAUACUUUGAAGGAUUGUAAAAUCAAAAUAUUUCCAAAUCGUAAACUUCUGAGUCAAAUAAGAUGUGAUCGCAAGAUAAUCGAAAAGGCUGUUGAUAUUUUGAAAAAUAAACAAAGCAGCAAGACUCAAGAGAUGGCUGAAUUUUGUAAGCAAAUACUUCAAGAAAUUAAAAUGAACUCUGGCCUUUAUUACCCUCCUUGUGAGGUCUGUGCAGCUAAAGGGUCAAAUUAAAUACCUUAGGUAUACCUACCUAAAAUGAUAGAAUUCCCUGUGUAGAUAAAUUAUACUCUUAUGUAACUAUAAAAACAUAAUUUUAAGGCUGUGGUUGUAAUUACCUACCUGUAAUUUUACGAAUUCUUCGAACUAUCGAGAUCGUAUUUAUCCGUGAAAUCAAAAAAUUUUACUCGUGAUCUCCAAUGUAUUUUAAGUUUUUUAUGUACGUAUUCAUACUUACUCGCUAACGUUCGUUGUAAUUCGGUUUUUUAUCUUUUUACUUUCUUGUACAUACGUAUUUCGUUUUCGUGUAAAUAUUAUGUUUAAAUUACAUCCAAUUAUGUAUUUCAUUGCGCAGUUUUAAUUUCUUCAGAAAUAAAAUAUUUCUAUAUUG